AUGACUUUCUUGAGACAGAAUGAUGAUGAUGAUGAUGAUGAUGAUGAUGAUGAUGAUGAUGAUGAUGAUGAUGAUGAUGAUGAUGAUGAUGAUGAUGAUGAUGAUGAUGAUGAUGAUGAUGAUGAUGAUGAUGAUGAUGAUGAUGAUGAUGAUGAUGAUGAUGAUGAUGAUGAUGAUGAUGAUGAUGAUGAUGAUGAUGAUGAUGAUGAUGAUGAUGAUGAUGAUGAUGAUGAUGAUGAUGAUGAUGAUGAUGAUGAUGAUGAUGAUGAUGAUGAUGAUGUUGUUGUUGUUGUUGUUGUUGUUGUUGUUGUUGUUGUUGUUGUUGUUGUUGUUGUUUAUUAUGCUUAG